CGUCCCCCGCCCGGCUCAGCCCUCGCGGCUGCGUGGGCUCCGGCUUGGGUUUCUGCCCUAGACUUGCGGUUACGUGCCUACGCCCCGCCCCUGUCUGUGGCCGCCCCCUUCGCGGGCCCAGCCCCAAGGUGUCCAGACGAUCAUUUAUUCCCUCGACAGACUUUAAUAGAGUGGCAGACCCGGGCGCCCACCGUCUGAUGGCGAGGGAGCACAGAAUGAGAUAAACAGAUCGGUAGAAUUCUAGCUACGGAGGAACAAGUUAGAGGCCGAGAGUAUUUAGAUUAGGCUGAGAUGGGAUGUGGUCUCAUUUCAUGACCUGGACUGACUAAGAGCAAGCUGAGCCGGAGAAUUCAUCUGCUUCCUGACUGCUUAAGUGUGCCCAGCUGCCUUCAAGUUCCAGCUGCUAUGACUCCCCAACGCGAAGGACUGUACCCUGGAACUGCAUGGUUUGCAACUGGACCCUGACCCAGACCAGGAAGGCAACCUGCAUCAUGUGGUUGCUAACUACUCUUCAUUUACCUAUUAAUGCCUCCCAAAAAGAGACGCAGACAGUCCCAGAAAGCCCCGCUGCUAUUCCACCAACAGCCACUGGAGGGCCCCAGACACCGUUAUGAAUCUCGUCUGCAGCCCAUUACCCACACUGUACAGGUGCCCUGCAAGCCCAUUGAUCAGAGCACCAUCACUUCCUGGGUAUUACCUCAGUUUGAUACAACAGCAGAAAGCCGGUUUCCGAUACACCGGAAACAUCACCGAGACCAGGCAAGACAUCCAACUCGGAGAUCUACCUGCAAGUUUCCACGUCUAACCUUUGAGAGUCCACAGUCUUCCAAUUCAGAGACGUUGUUGUUAUCCAACAGAGAGCAGCCCCAGAACUCAGAAAAGGACACUCCCAGAAGGCCUUUAGUGCCGUUGUUCAGUCCCCAGAGCGGUGGAGAACUGUCAGUGCAUGUACCUCAAAGCUUACCUCAUGUGUUCUUACCCCCUGAUAUCCAGACCCCGGAGUCUUCUCUAAGAGAAGAUCCCAUUUCUCCAGACCAGAAGGAGAACAGUCUUCCAAGCUCCAUCCUUGGCCCUAGGACUCCCAGCAGUCCAGAGCCGGGGCCUGUUCUGGUCAAGGACACCCCUGAGGAGAAGUAUGGGAUUAAAGUCACUUGGAGACGCAGAAGGCACCUGUUUACCUACCUUAAGGAGAGGGGGAAGCUGGAUAAAAGCCAGUUCCUUGUGAAGACCUGACUGGACUGCACAGACUUCAGUUCAUCCCAAAGCUGCUGUGGGGGGGCUUUCUCAAGUCACUUCUGGUUUGAAAGGAUGAAAUGGAAGGAACAUCAGUAGGAAAACGACUUAGCCAGAGGCCUAGAGUUGGAAUCCAGUUUCUAGAUUUGCUUUUUAAGCCACCUUGCAUCAGGAAUAGUUGAAUUUAGUGUCAUGAACUAUUGGUAUUUUUCUCACAUUAACUGUUUAAACCUCUGAAGUACUUGUACUGUUUACAAUAUUUGUAAAUAAUUGGCUGCCCUGAGUUUUUAGAAAACCCCACCUUUGUCAGUGAUGCGGCCGCAUGCCCAUCUAUAAAGGUCUGUGCUCAUUAGUCUUCUGCCUCCAACUAAUCCAUUCCUCAUCUUUGGUACCGAUUGUGAGGCCCAGCAACAGCUUUGCUGAUGGAGAAAGUCAAGAGUGAGCUCUGGUUUUUAAUGGUCGACAGCUACCCUUAUAGCUUUGGCUCAAAGGGCCACAGGCCAGGCCUGUGCUGGUGAAUACAGCGGGGUCAGGGAGAAGGGGACAGAUGAGUUGUUUACGUUUGUGCUUUGACAUUGUGUUCACAGUGGAAGAAAUGUGGCGCUAUCACGCUAUCACGUGGUGGAGAAAUGAAUUCUUGUAAGUAACUUGUUCUAUGUGUCUAUAAAGU